AUGGUUGCCUAUUGGUGCAGAUUGGCUAACAAAAGUAGUCUUCAAAACUACGCCACCUUAAGAAAGUACUCCUUAAAAGGCUUUGAUAUGGAAAGUCCAAUAGUUAAUACUAAACUAGGAAAGCUACGAGGCAGAGUAAAAGAACUGUUUGAUGGAAGUAAAUACUAUAGCUUUAAGGGAAUUAGAUAUGGACAACCUCCAUUGAGGGAUUUACGGUUUAAGGCACCACUACCUGUAAAACCUUGGGAAGGAAUCUAUGACGCAGUAAGACAUGGACCGAUCAGUCCACAAUUUGAUGCCCAAACAAAGCAAAUCAAUGAGGGUAGCGAGGAUUGCUUAUUUUUAAAUGUUUAUUCCAAAUCUUUAGACCCAGAAACCAAAAGCCCAGUAAUGGUUUUUAUUCAUGGAGGGGGUUUUGUGUCGGGUUCUGGCAACAGUGAUAUAUAUGGACCAGAAUUCUUAAUACAACAAAAUGUUGUCUUAGUCACAAUAAACUAUAGAUUAGAAUUAUUUGGUUUCCUGUGCUUGGAUAUACCUGAAGUACCAGGUAAUGCUGGGUUGAAAGACCAAGUUUUAGCAUUACGCUGGAUACAAAAUAAUAUCACUUCUUUUGGUGGUGAUGCUGGAAAUGUUACAAUCUUCGGGGAGAGUGCUGGUGCAGCAUCUGUUACAUACCACAUGGUAUCACCUAAGUCCCGAGGUCUAUUCCAUAAAGUAAUAGCCCAGAGUGGUGUCUGUACUGCAGAUUGGGCACAGAGUAUAAACUUAAAAGAGCGUUCUUUAAAAGUCUGUAAGGCUCUCGGUAAAGAGACUACGAACCCCACUGAGGCUUUGCAGUUUUUACAAAGUGUACCAGCACGUGAUCUAGUAAAUAAAAACUUUAUGACUAAAACCAGUGAUGAAAAACAUAGGGGACUGCCCAUAUAUUUCGGACCAACAGUGGAACAGAAUUUUGGUGACAAUGCACACUUUUUACUGGAAAAUCCAGAAAAUUUAAUACUACAGAAUAACAUUAAAAAAGUUCCUCUCAUGAUUGGAUAUACCUCCAAGGAGGGAAUCAUAACAUUGGGAAUAGAAUUGAGAAAAUUAGAAUAUAGAAAGAAGAACCCAUCAUCGUAUGUGCCGAGAGAAAUUUAUCUAACAGUGAGUGAGAAUAAGUUGAAGGAAUUCGGUGAAAGGAUUAAGAAGUUUUAUUUUGGUGAUGAAAUAAGAGAAGAGGACAGUGAGAAAAUAUGUGAUCUACAAUCGGAUUUGUAUUUCACGUAUCCUCCGCAGCGUUUUUUACAAUUGUAUUCUAGAUAUAAGCAGCCAAUCUAUAUGUACCGUUUUAACCAUGACACCGAGUUGAACUUCUUCAAAAAUAUAAUGGGUGGUAGUGAAAUUAAGGGUGCCUGUCACGUAGAUGAAUUGUUUUAUUUAUUCUGCAAUACAGUGAAUAGGGAUUAUUAUAGAGAGGAUGAAAAGUUAAGAAAUAUUAUUGAUACGGUGGUUCAGCUGUGGACAGAUUUUGCAAAGACUGGGAAUCCUACAUCAAGCAGUUCCAUAAAGUGGGAUCCAUACACUUGGGAGAACAAAGAGUAUCUAAAUAUUGAUGAAGAUAUGGUGCUGGGAAAAUACGCAGAUAAACACAGAGUAGAAUUUUGGUAUAAACUAUAUAGAGAAGCUGGUUUGCAUAUCAAGAGUAACUUGUAA